CAUGAGAAUUGACGAUUUAUCGUCUUGUCUGAACAAAUGAACGCCUUUUUUAUCUUCUCUUUCUUUUCUCUUUCUUUUCCACUUUCCCUCUCUUUUCUUUCUUCAAAUUCUAUUCUCUCUUUCUCAUCAUCUCUUUCUACCAUUUGUCUUCUAUCUCUCUCUUUCUCCCUCUCUUUCUCUCCUUCUGCAUUGGCCUCAUCUCUUUCUCUCAACAUGUUCUCAUCUCAAUGUUAUGAUUUGAAAAAAGAUUCUCAUUAAUUGUUGUUUAUUUUUUUUUCUUCUUCUUCUUCUUUGAUUAGUCUAAUUAAUCUACAAAUUGUCAAUGGUGUUAAGGGUUAAUUGUUUUCGUAAAUUAAUGAUAAAGAUCAAUGGAUUUAAUUAGUCAUAUCAUUGGAUCAUCAUCAUCACCAUCAUCAUUUGUACCUACAUCUUCAUCAUGUUUAUCAUCAUCAUAUUCAUCAACAUCUUAUCUGCAUAAUCAGUGUUGAUCUCUUUGUUUUUUUUUCUCUCUCUCAUUUAUUUUUGUCUCAUUUUCUAUUCUAUUUUUUUUACUUCUAUCAUUUUGGUGCAGAAAGAGAGAGAGAGAGAGAAAGAUACAAAUUUGUGGUUAAUUUUUCUCAUUGAUUGGGUUAUAGAAAACAAAUGGACACUAAACCAGUUGUAACAUAUUAUGCAAAAAACACAAACAUACCCGACAAAUUGAAGGACAAAAUCACUACCAAUUUACCAGAGGAAUGUAUUGAAUGGCAAAGAUCUUAUGGUCGAUCUACAAAAAAGGUUUACCUGGAGGUGAAUUUUGUCCCAUUUAAAGACGCUACUCUCAAAGAAAAUGGCCCCAAUGAGGGUAGUAAACACAAUCUUCUUGGACGGUGUUUACUUCAUACCUAUUGGUUUGAAUGUAGUGACGUUGAUAUGUACAAAAGUCAAAUUCGUGAGGAUGUUAUCUCCUGGAUGAAUCGUUUACGUGAAAAUGAGAUACUUGAUUGGUUAAUUGUGGUUGUUGAUUCAAGUGAAAAAAAGAAAAGCAAUAAAACCAAACUAUUACCUCGAAGUACCGUUGCUGAUAAGGUUCGAAGUGAUUUUCCCUCUUCCAUUAAAGAUGCUUCGGAUAGAUGUGUUUCUCUUGUUAAUCCAACGAAAAAUGAAACCUCAGCCGGUGAUAGUUACGAAUUUUUCCUUGAUCGCCUUCGCCUGGUUCUACUCAAAUCAUACUCAAAACAUUUAACUCGAUACGAGGAUCAUGUUCGAAGUCAACGGGAAAGGCGUAACUCUAAAAGUUGGGAUUUUUUUAGCUUUUUCAUUCUCCAAGAGGAAAUGGCCUUUGCUUUCGAGAUGUUAUCCCUUUACGAAGAUGCUCUUAUCCAAUAUGAUGAAUUGGACGCUCUUUUUAGUCAAUUUGUUAUCAAUAGUCAUGUCAUUCAACCACCCGAUUGGUUAAAGGUUUUAAUUGAACGAUGCCAUUCAUGGGCUGGAUUAACGUUAUCGAAAACAAUAUCAACCCAGUUAAGGGAGAAAAUUCGUAAUUCAACCGCUUCUCUUCUUGACCUGAGAAAUUAUCUUUUCUCCCGUCAAUGUGAACUUCUUUUAAUGCAACAUAAACCAUGGGAAUUAUCAACUCGAGCUUUACCUUUUCUUCACAAUUGUGUCAACGAAUUAAACAUUUUAGAGAUAAACUUACCUCAAGGGGCCGUCGCUUGUUGGGUAUUUCUUAGUGCGCUAGAGAUUUUACAAAAAUGCGAAAGAUACAAUGACUCCUCUCAAAUGCAAAUCUAUUCUCGUUAUACUAUCGGCUUAUGGGCUUAUGCACGGAGAAAGCUCGAGGAACUGGGAACUCUUUGUGGUUUAAUGCCAGGAAUGAAUCAUGACUCUGAGUGUAUUCAUAAAGUUGUCAACCUAAUCUCUGGAAUGGGUAAUGACCCGUAUUCAGAUGAAAAUCUAACGAAUCCAAGUCCACAAUCCGUAUUAAAAGAAGCCUUAUCGAAACCUGAAGCUUUUUCAAAAGCUUACCUUGAAGUCUCAGAAUUAAAUAUUAGUACUUAUAAACAUAUCGGGAGAUUUAGAUCUGGUCGUUUAGUUGGUCGUGAAUUGGCCUUUCUUUACAUGAAAAUGGAUAAACAUCAACAAUCAAUACCAUUUUUACUCGAUUUGGAGAAAGUGUUUACUGAAGAUCGUUGGAAAAUGUUACUAUUUGAUACAAGGAAAAAUAUACUCGAUUGUUUCCUUGUUCUAGAUGAUAGAAAAAAGAUAUUACAAUAUGCUCUUCUUUUGGCUUCAUCUUCUGUCCUGGAAAUCGAUGAAAGAAUUAAAUAUUUAACCAUAGCCAAAGAGAAACUUUCAUCAUUAACCAGUAUCGAGAUGUCAACAAUUAUUACCAUGGAAGAGAUUUUCCCUGUUCGUUCAAUAACAAUUAAAAGUGAAGGUGUUUUUGUAACAAAUUCUCAACUUGAAUUACAAUUAACCCUAGAAAGUAAUCUAUUGGAAAUUUUGUCUUUCACCUCAAUUAGAGUUUACCUUUCAUAUGAACCUUUCUCACCACGAUCUCGAGUUCGUUCACAGGAUAAACAAGUUGCUGCCAAAAAUUCCCUCCUUUGUCCUCAUCCAUUCUCAUUAACCAAUAGUAGGAAAAAAAUUCGAACUCAGCCCAAAUUUGAAACUUAUCACGAUACAAGUUCGGGUUAUGAGGUUGGUAUUCGUUGUCCAAAUUUGAAUCAAGUUUUCAAACGGCUCUCAGUUGAAUCUACAAACAGUGGACCUUCAUCAUCAACCAUGGAAAUGAUGGCAAGUGGCCGAGGCGAUGGUAAUAGUGGCCAUCGUUUACCUGAUGGAGGUGACCGAGAGGAACAUUUUUUCAUCUCUACCAAUGUUGAUCUUUCUCCGGGAGAAAAUGUUUACACUCUUUUAUUUGAACCUCUGGAUUCGGGUUGUUACACAAUCGAGGGAAUCAAAUGUAUCGGUCAAAAUGAAUCAAUAUCAUUUACUCACUCACCUUUACCUGUUCACCUUUGUUUCACUGUGAUAUCGGAAGAACCUAGUCUUAAAUUAAUUGGUAAAGAUGGAAGUGAUAAUAUAACCACCACAGGUUUAGAGAUUCUCUCUGGUCCACCUCAGACAAUUAUCUUACGAUUAAACAGUGGUAGCUAUUGUUUCCAACCCGAAUCAAUAGUAACUCUCAAAUCAUCAACUGAACUAUUCAUGAAAUUAUCUCCAUCGUCUUCACCUUUAUCCUCAUCACCCUGUUCAUCCAAUACAACGGUUACAAUAAAUGGUGGUGGUAAUGAAAUUAACGGCGGAGAUGAUUACGAUUCUCAUCCAUCACUAUCCAAACCAAUCAAUUAUAAUCCAUUGGAAAUGAUGAUCGAUAAUCGGGAAAAUAUUAAUGACGAUGAGCUGAGAAAAGAUUAUUCCAAUUCGAUUGAUAUUAAUUUUAAAUGUUCACUUGAUCCAUUUCAAAAUUAUGAUAUUCCCUUGACAAUUGUCUCCAAAUUUGCUCAUCAACGUGGCCCAAGCGGAACUGAGCAUAAUAUCAUACUCUCUUAUCCUGAUGCAAAAACCCAAGCAAUUAAAUCAAUUUCUCGUAUACUCUAUUUAACUCCACCUUUCAUGUCAACAAUUAAACUUCACUCUCUCAAGGAACGUAAAUUUAUCGAGAUAAUUGUCCGAGCCGUUUCUCGUCAACGUUUUGAACUUUUCGAUGCCAACCUAAUAGCCAACGAAUCGGUUAAAGAUCAUAAUAAUGAUUUCAUCUUUAAAUCAUUUAAUUCACCAAGGAAAAUGAUCAUCUACAAAGAUCAAAUUGUCCACUAUGUUUGGGAAGUUUUCUCAACCGAUACCAACUCAUUAACUAAAUUAUUAUUCUCGUUAAAGUACAAUCCAAUUACCGAUGAACAAAUCUCAACCAACCCAUUGGCCUAUCAUUCAUAUGAUUGUGAUUUCUCAAUUAAAUCAAUCAAACCAACAACUGAUUAAUCAACAUCAACAAUAUCUACAACAAUCAUCACCCAAUCAUCUCACCAUCAUCAGAAAUUUUUUUUUGUCUUCUCCUCAACAAUUAAAAUUUUCAAUUCAUCAUCAAUCAUAUACAAAAAAAAAUUAAUUAAGACACAGAAAAGUUAUCGAGUUUAAAUUGAUUGGAAAUCUAAUUUUCCUUGUUAAUUAUUCUCAUUAAUCAAAAUUGUGUCUUUUUUUACUUUCUAAUCAUGUUAAAUAUUUUUUAGAAAAAUUCAACUUCGUUGAUUAUUAUUAUUAUUAUACAUUAAUUAUUAUAUUAUAUAUAAAUUAUUGUUUUUAAAUUGUCUUCAUAGAAACAACAAUUAUCUCAAAUAAUGAAUCAUUAAAUUGGUAAUGAUUAAAAUUUUAUUUAUAUUUCAAA